GCAAACGCGGCGAGGCCGCGCAUGCGCCGUGCCGGCGGCAGGCAGAGAGGCGGGCGGGCGGGCGCGGGUGCGCAUCCGGGUCGGCGCCGGGCCAUUGUCUGCGGCCGGGCCGGGCUCGGCGGCUCCGUGCCCGAGGGGUCGAGGCAGCGGCGCCGUCUUCAUGGACCGCAGCUCGAAGAGGAGGCAGGUGAAGCCUUUGGCGGCUUCGCUGCUGGAGGCUUUAGAUUAUGAUAGCUCUGAUGACAGUGACUUUAAAGUUGGAGAUGCUUCAGAUUCUGAAGGAAGUGGUCAUGGGAGUGAAGAUGCAUCAAAGGACAGUGGAGAAGGUUCCUGUACUGAAUCAGAAGAAAAUGUCUUGGAGGAGGAACCAACAGAAGAGAAAGUAGAAGAGCAACAGCCAAAGAGCUCCACUGAAGAAGAGGUGCCGACAGCAGACAAAGAGGUAAUUAAAACUGAAAAGAAAGAGCAAGAAGAUGAAGAAGAAAAGCCCAAAAAGAAGAAAGAAAAAGAGAAAGCAGCUGAACCUGAUGCUGUGGCUGAUGAGCAAACUAGUGAACCCAAAAAAUGGAAUUUGCGCAGGAACCGGCCUUUACUGGAUUUCGUAUCAAUGGAAGAACUAAAUGAUAUGGAUGAUUAUGACAGUGAAGAUGACAAUGACUGGCGGCCUACUCCUGAGAAAAAAAAAGGAAAAAAUGCACUGCGAAAAGAAGGGAGUGAUGGAGAUAAUGAGGAUGAUGAAGAUGAUGGGAGUGGAAGUGAUGAGGAUGACAAUGAUGAGGAAGGUAACGAAGAAGAUAACAGCAGCACAGCUAGCGAUGGAGGAUCCAAGAAGAAGAAGAGUAAAGUUCUUAACAGAAAUAAUGCAGAUGAUGAGGAACUGACAAAUGAUAGCCUGGCUCUUUCACAAAGCAAGAGUAAUGAGGAUUCAUUGAUCCUUGAGAAGUCCCAAAAUUGGAGUUCCCAGAAAAUGGACCAUAUUUUGAUUUGUUGCGUUUGUCUUGGAGAUAACAGUGAGGAUGCUGAUGAAAUAAUCCAGUGUGACAACUGUGGAAUAACAGUGCAUGAAGGUUGCUAUGGUGUUGAUGGAGAGAGUGAUUCCAUCAUGAGCUCAGCUUCAGAAAAUUCCACUGAACCUUGGUUUUGUGAUGCAUGCAAAUGUGGUGUCACACCUAGUUGUGAACUAUGUCCAAACCAAGAUGGGAUCUUCAAGGAGACAGAUGCGGGCAGGUGGGUCCAUAUUGUUUGUGCCCUCUAUGUUCCAGGAGUGGCGUUUGGAGAUAUUGACAAAUUGCGGCCAGUAACACUUACAGAAAUGAAUUAUUCAAAGUAUGGUGCCAAGGAGUGCAGUUUUUGCGAAGAUCCUCGUUUUGCCAGAACUGGCGUAUGCAUUAGCUGUGAUGCUGGGAUGUGCAGAGCUUAUUUCCACGUGACCUGCGCCCAGAAGGAAGGCCUUCUCUCAGAAGCAGCAGCAGAAGAGGAUAUAGCUGACCCUUUUUUUGCUUAUUGUAAACAGCAUGCGGACAGGUUAGACAGAAAAUGGAAGCGGAAAAACUACUUGGCAUUACAAUCUUACUGUAAAAUGUCCUUACAGGAAAGAGAAAAACAGCUUUCGCCAGAAGCUCAGGCUCGAAUCAAUGCCAGACUACAGCAGUACCGUGCCAAGGCAGAGCUGGCUCGUACCACCAGGCCACAGGCCUGGGUACCGAGGGAGAAGCUGCCACGACCGCUUACUAGCAGUGCUUCAGCCAUACGCAAGCUUAUGCGCAAAGCUGAGUUAAUGGGGAUAAGCACAGACAUUUUUCCAGUGGAUACUUCAGAUACUAGUUCCAGUGUUGAUGGAAGAAGAAAACAUAAACAACCAGCUCUCACUGCUGAUUUUGUCAAUUAUUACCUUGAGAGAAAUAUGCGCAUGAUUCAAAUCCAGGAGAAUAUGGCUGAGCAGAGGAAUAUCAAGGAUAAAUUAGAAAAUGAGCAAGAAAAGCUUCAUGUGGAGUAUAAUAAGCUUUGUGAGUCCUUGGAAGAGCUACAAAAUAUGAAUGGAAAACUGCGAAAUGAAGGGCAAGGCAUUUGGGCUCUGCUGGGUAGAAUCAUUGGACAGAAAUUGAACAUACCUGCAAUUUUACGUGCUCCUAAGGAAAGAAAACCAAGUAAAAAGGAAGGAGGAACACAAAAGACAUCUACGCUCCCAGCUGUACUUUAUAGUUGUGGAAUUUGCAAGAAGAACCAUGACCAACAUCUACUGUUACUGUGUGACACUUGCAAACUACAUUAUCAUCUUGGUUGUCUGGAUCCACCUCUUACAAGGAUGCCAAGGAAGACUAAGAACAGUUAUUGGCAGUGCUCAGAGUGUGACCAGGCAGGUAGCAGUGACAUGGAAGCUGAUAUUGCUAUGGAAACCUUACCAGAUGGGACCAAAAGAUCACGGAGACAGAUUAAGGAGCCAGUGAAAUUUGUUCCUCAGGAUGUGCCACCAGAACCGAAGAAAAUUCCAAUCAGAAACACGAGAACUAGAGGACGAAAACGAAGCUUUGUGCCCGAGGAAGAAAAACCUGAGGAACGGAUUCCCAGAGAAAGACGACAACGGCAGUCUGUUCUGCAAAAGAAGCCCAAGUCAGAGGAUUUAAGGACUGAAUGUGCUACGUGCAAAGGGACUGGAGACAAUGAAAAUCUAGUCAGGUGUGAUGAAUGUAGGCUCUGCUACCAUUUUGGCUGUCUAGACCCUCCCUUGAAAAAGUCUCCCAAGCAGACUGGCUAUGGAUGGAUUUGUCAGGAAUGUGACUCUACAUCUUCCAAAGACUCCGAGCCGUCAAAUGAGGUGGUCUCAGAGGCCCCAGGUAAUGUGGUACCCUCUACCUCAAGAAGUAGCUCUGAAGAGCUGGUAUCGGUGGCACAGAAACAUCCAGAAGAGGGAACCUUGAGAGGGGAGCACCAGUACGUUGAAUUUCCAAAUUCAGAAUCCACCAGGAAACAGCCCGCCUAAGUUACAUGGGGUUUCCUCUAUGUCUGCCUGUGGCCACUGAAGGAGACAAGAAACUGGGCUAGAAAACAGUUGUUUUCCUCAGUGUAGCUCCUUAUUUCUUUAUGCCAAAAGUUAACCUGUCAAUGAUGGAGAAAUGAAGCCAAGCAAUAAUGUCAAAAGUUAAUACUUUUCAGAUGUACUAUUGCAUAUCUGGUGUGUUCUCUGUCUUUUUCUUUUCUGCUAAGUUAGCAUAUAUGAAUUGUGGCUUUCAAUAUAAGUGUAGCACAUUCACAAGAUGGCUUAGCCAUUUUUCCAGAGUAUUGUAAAUUUAGAAGUUCCUGAUUUUUAUUUACUGAACUAACUCUACCUUAUUUUCACUUAAUCUAUAUGUAUUUUAAUUUUAAUUUAAUAAAGAGAAAGCCGUCAAGAAAUCACAUUGCAUUCUGUGAUGCUCCCAUAACACUAAUUAGUAAAUAAUUCUGUGCAUUUACAUAUUAUACCUUUCUUGUGGCAAUCAUACCCCAAGAGCUGGUCAUUUUGAUUUUUAUUUUUUUUUUUAACUUCAUGAUUUAUAUUAUGAAUGUAUUUAGGUUUUGUAUUAAAGGCUGUACAGUUAAAAACACUCAAUCAAAAAAGAAUGUUCUUUGUCUCAGAGAUCUUCAAUUUCUAGCAUAAAACCAGACUUUGUGAAUAAUAAUAAUUAAAAAAAAAAAAAACAAACAACAAAAAACUAAGUUGUUUUAAUUCUGAUUACUGCAUUUUGGCUUGUGCAUAAUGUUUUUGUUUGCUUGCUUGUUUGCUGCCUUUUCAGAAGGAAAGACUGAUAGUAAGACUGAUAAUAUUAUUUCAAAAAUUUGGAAAUAUUAUUUUUUUUUCCAUACUGACCCAAUCCCAUCCAACAAGAAAAUUUAUAGUAACACUUGGAUAGUUUUCAUAGACUAGUAUUUAGCAGUUUAUAAUAGUCUUUACUUCUUUGCAUAAUAUAACAGCUUAUAUUAGUAAUAGGAACAAGAUUAAAGACACUGAACAGAUCGUUUCAUGGAACAAAUGAAUUCCUAGUCAUAUUAAUUGCUGAACUUAAGCUAGGGAAGUAUUGCAUACAUAAGCAGGGGAAAUGGAAAGCUGUUUGCAUAAAUAUUUUUACACUGUUAAAGCAUGUUAUUAAUAGACAAAUUGGACCAAGAGUCUGCCACAGGAAGCUUCAUCUUCCAUGUAGUUAUGAAGUGCAUUCCAUCAGAAAUCACAGGGCUUAUCAGCUCAAUGUGAUAAAAGGACUGCGUUUUUAUUUACACAAUAACCUCAAAUCCUCAUAUUAAAAAGUGGCAAUUUUUUUUUGCCCUUUCCUGUUCUAAGUGUGACACAUGUAACAAUUAUUCAUCAUUCCAUAAUGGAUCAUUUUUAUCAGAGUCUUGUGUCUCUUCCGUAUAUAUAGAAUAAAUAUUUAUGUUUUCUCAUUUUUCUGAACUAGGAGAUACUGAUAGAAUAGGUUUGAAGUGUCAACUAUAAUUCAUUGCCUGCAAAGAAAGACUUUAUACUGAUACUGUGUGAAAGGAAAAGAAUAUCUAAAUCAUUUCAGCAGUAAGCUUAUAACCAAGAUAAUAUCAGCAUUUUCCUUCUUGAAAAUAUAUCUGCCAUAAAUUAAAGAAGGUCUUCGGUAUUUUAUUAAAAUGCUUGUGACAAGUUUAACCCCAUCUUCAGCAAGAAUGUUUGUAUGAAUACAAAAAUCUUUUUUUUUAAAAAAAAAGUGAAGGUCAAGUGAAACUUAGAACAACUGAACUGAACUUCAUACUAAUUCUGCAAAUACUUUACUUGGAAUAAUAAUAAAAUUGAUGCUUAUUUAGUAUCAGUCUAAAGGUACACAUUCUAUGUGAUCAGUAGCACUUAGUCAUUUUGUACAAUAAUAAUACAGUUUGAAAAAAAAAAACACCCUGCAAUUAGUAUAUUUGAAUAAAAUUGGCCUUAAUAGUAAAUAUAAUAGAGGAGAGGUGCAUAUCACAGUAUAUAAUUGUGCUUAAAUAUAUAAGUAGCAAAGUAAUUAGGAUAAUAAAAACAUAAUUAGAACUGAAAAUAUGUUUGUAAUUAAGCACUUUAUACACAAAUACUAUUGUUCAGUAUCUUUCAACUUUUUCAGCU